AUGGGGCGCCACUGCCCACAGGACCCCGCCAAGAAAUGUGGCGCCCCUAUGGGACCUCCUAGUCGCAGAAGUCAGGGCUGUAAAGUGGGAGGGCCCCCGGGAGCGACUCCGGUCCUAGGAGGGUCCCUAGGAGCCCCACAGCCCCUGGAAGGUCCCCUGACGGCGCCGCUGCCCCUGGUGGGGCCCAUGGAAGUGCCGCCGCCCCGGGGAGAGCCCCGGGGUGACCACCGCACCUGGAACGGCUCUGGUGCCGCCACCGCCCUGGCAGAGCCACUGGGGGUGCCACCGCCCCUGGCAGGGCGACCCCAGCCGCUGGAAUAUUCCCUGGGAAUUCCACAGUCUCAUGGCAGGACCCCUGGGAGCACCCAUGGGGGUCCCACAGCCCUUGGGAAGGCCCCUAAGGGCGCCACCGAACCUGGCAGGGCCCCUGGGGACACUACAGCCCCUGGGAUGGGCUCUGGUGGGCCACAGCCCUGA